AUGGCACAGUAUACAGUUUCGUCGACAAAGUCGUACAUGCAAGCCAUGGCGCCUAUGAUGGAAGCUCUUGCGUCUCUUGAGAUUCCUGAAACAAAAGAACCAAACGUCGAUACAGAAACUAGUCCCAAAGUGGCUUUGGACCGGGUUCUAUCAGCAUUUGAAAGUGUUUCAAUCGAUAUCUUGAACCAAAUUUCAGUCAAAGAGACACAACAAACAUCAAUUGCAAGUCAAAUAGCAAAGGAAUGCAAGCGAAUUAGCUUGGCCAGAAAUGAAAACGAAAAUGACACAUUGAAUAUAGUUCGGACCAUCGUGGCUGAGAAAACCAGCGAUGAGGAGUUACAGUCCGCUUUGUUUGACAUUUUAGGCUUUGAGGAGUUUGAACUCAUAUCGAAGAUUGUCCAAAACAGAGAAGCUGCAUUGGAAGAACCAGAAACGGAUACAGGUAUUCUCAGUGCUGAAGAUCGGGUAAAACAGCUCAUAGCAGCUCGAGAGAGAGGAAGGAACGAACCAUUAGCUCCUCGAAUUUCUUCUGGCGGUGAAUACCCUCAUGUAUUCAAAAAGAAAGAUGUAGGAAAUGUCAUUGCCAUCACAGGAAAACUGUAUGCGUUGCCUGCUGGUACCACGCGAGAUAGCUAUCCUACGCAUGAGGAAUUGAUUAUUCCAUAUCCUCCAAAUGUUGCUAACAGGUACAUUUCGGAUUCACAAUUGGUGCAAGUCGAACAUUUAGACUUCUUGUGCCAGGGCACAUUCAACAAUUACAAGGCGCUCAAUAAGAUGCAGAGCUUGGUAUAUCCAGUGGCUUACAAUACCAAUGAAAACAUGCUUGUGUGUGCCCCAACAGGUGCAGGUAAAACAGAUGUGGCGUUAUUGACAAUUCUACAUACUAUCGGACAGUUUGUAACUGAGGCUGAAGAAGGAGUUAUAGACGUUGACUAUGAUGAGUUUAAAGUCAUUUAUGUUGCUCCUCUCAAAGCGUUGGCUGCAGAAAUUGUGGAGAAAUUUUCGAAGAAACUUAAAUGGUUAGGUAUAAACGUUAGAGAGUUGACUGGAGAUAUGCAGCUUACUAAAGCAGAAAUCAUGACCACACAAAUCAUCGUUACCACCCCUGAAAAAUGGGAUGUGGUGACAAGAAAGCUGAAUGGUGAUAACGAUCUUGUUGCAAAAGUCAAGUUGCUCAUUAUUGAUGAGGUACAUUUAUUGCAUGAAGAUAGAGGUUCAGUCAUUGAGACUUUAGUAGCCAGAACAUUGCGCCAGGUUGAAAGUACGCAAAUGAUGAUUAGAGUGGUUGGACUUUCAGCUACACUUCCGAAUUACAUGGAUGUGGCGGAUUUUUUGGGUGUCAACAGAAACAUCGGGAUGUUUUACUUUGACCAGCUGUUUCGUCCUUGUCCGCUUAAACAGGAAUUACUUGGAGUUAGGGGAAAGGCUGGGUCAAAAACAGCGAGAGAGAAUAUUGACCGCGUCACAUACGACAAACUUAUUGAAAAUCUUAGACAUGGCCACCAAGUUAUGGUAUUUGUUCAUUCCAGAAAAGAUACGGUAAAAACCGCACGUACGUUCAUUUCCAUGGCACAGGCCAAUGGUGACUUAGAUGAAUUUGACUGCUCUACAACUUGUGAUAACUACGACCUGUUUCGCAGAGACAUGGGUUCAAAGAACAGAAACAAGGACAUGAGAGAAUUGUUUCAAUACGGAUUUGGUGUGCACCAUGCUGGUUUGCUCCGAACGGAUAGAAAUGCCACAGAGAAAAUGUUCUUGAAUGGUGCCAUCAAAGUUUUAUGCUGUACAGCCACUUUAGCAUGGGGUGUUAAUCUUCCAGCUGCGGUAGUUAUAGUGAAAGGAACUCAAGUGUAUGAUGCGAAACAAGGUGGUUUUGUGGAUUUGGGUAUUUCAGACGUGAUUCAGAUUUUUGGUCGUGCUGGUCGUCCUCAAUUCGAGAGCUUCGGUACUGGUAUUUUGUGCACAACGAGUGACCGACUUGACCACUAUGUUUCUCUCAUAUGUCAACAGCAUCCUAUAGAAUCGAAGUUUCUGGCAAAACUCAUUGACAAUUUAAAUGCAGAGAUCUCGUUGGGAACUGUGACUACAGUUGACGAAGGCGUUCAGUGGUUAGGAUACACGUACAUGUUUGUGAGAAUGGCAAAAAACCCAUUCUCCUAUGGUAUCGAUUGGAAAGAAUUACAAGAAGACCCCCUGUUGUUGAUGAGAAGAAGAAACAUGAUCAUAGAUGCCGCAAGAAGACUCCAUCUGCUUCAAAUGAUUGUGUAUGAUGAGAAUUCUGGUGCGUUGAAUCCAAAGGAUUUAGGUAGAAUCGCAUCAGACUUCUAUUUGCUCAAUAACUCUGUGGAAAUUUUCAAUCAAAUGCUCAACCCAGUUGCUACAGAGGCCGAUGUGUUGGGUAUGAUCAGUAUGAGUAGUGAGUUUGACAGCAUCAAGUUCAGGGAAGAGGAGAAAACCGAGCUUAAACAGUUUGCUGAAAAUGAAAGCGUUUGUCAAAUCGCUGGCGAAGCAGAGUCAAAUCAAUGGAAAACAAAUAUUCUUCUUCAGGCGUUUGUUUCGCAGAGACGCUUCAAGGACUCUGCAUUGAUUUCAGACGGCAAUUAUGUUGCUCAGAAUUCUGCUAGAAUUUGCCGGGCUUUGUUUUUGAUUGGAAUUCACCGGAGAUGGGGAACAUUCCUGAAAACUAUGCUUUCUAUCUGUAAGCUGAUUGAUCGCAGGAUGUGGGCUUACGACCACCCGUUAGCUCAAUUUGAUCUCCAGGAACAUAUUAUCAGAAAUCUUCGAAACAAAAAUCCCUCUAUGGAGCACUUGCGUGAUCUAUCUGCCGCAGAACUUGGGGAUUUGGUUCAUAAUGCAGGCGCAGGCAAGAUGCUAUAUAAAUUGAUUAGCAGAUUCCCUUACUUGAUUAUCGACGCUGAAAUCUUUCCUAUUACAAGUAAUGUCAUUCGAAUGCAUGCGGUGAUUGAGCCAGAUUUUACUUGGGACGAAAGAUACCAUGGAAAUGCUCAGUACUUUUGGAUUACAGUGGAAGACUCUGAUGACACCAAAAUUUUACACGUGGAGAAGUUCAUAUUGCGUCGAAACCAAAUGAACACACCACAUGAGAUUGAUUUCAUGAUCCCGGUUUCAGACCCACCUCCUGCUCAAAUCGUAAUACGUGCCAUGUCAGAUUCAUGGAUUGGAGCAGAGAACUUCCAUGCUGUCUCGUUCCAACAUCUUAUCAAGCCAAAUAAUGAAACUGUGAGGACAAACCUUCUCCGAUUGCAACCACUUCCCCUUUCUGCUUUGCAUAACCCACAAUUGGAGGAAAUAUAUGCACCAAAAUUCCGCUAUUUUAAUCCAAUGCAGACGAUGACAUUUCACUCACUCUACAAUACCAACUCCAACGUUUUCGUCGGAUCACCAACAGGAUCGGGAAAAACUGUUGUUGCUGAACUUGCCAUAUGGCAUGCAUUCAAAGAAUUUCCUGGAUCGAAGGUAGUUUAUAUUGCUCCCAUGAAAGCAUUGGUCCGUGAAAGAGUCGAUGAUUGGAGAACACGUCUUUGUAAACCAACAGGAAGAAAGUUAGUUGAGUUGACGGGUGAUUCGUUACCUGAGGCUCGCGAUGUGAGAGAGUCUGAUAUCAUUAUCACAACGCCUGAAAAAUUUGAUGGUAUAUCGCGUAAUUGGCAAACGAGAAAAUUCGUCCAGGAGAUUUCUUUGGUUAUUAUGGACGAAAUCCAUUUGUUAGCCAGUGAUAGAGGUCCGAUUUUGGAAAUGAUUGUCAGUCGUAUGAACUUCAUCUCUGCUCAAACGAAAAAGCCAAUACGGUUGCUAGGAAUGUCCACCGCUGUCUCUAAUGCGAUUGAUAUGGCCGGUUGGCUUCGCGUAAAAGAGGGACUUUUCAACUUUCCUCAGUCUGUUCGUCCUGUUCCUUUGCAGAUGUACAUUGAUGGUUUUCCAGAUAAUUUAGCCUUUUGUCCUUUGAUGAAGACAAUGAACAAACCCGCAUUUAUGGCAAUCAAACAACACUCUCCUACGAAGCCGGUUUUGAUUUUCGUCGCUUCCCGUCGUCAAACUCGUCUUACUGCGCUUGAUUUGAUCCACUUAUGUGGUAUGGAACUGAACCCACGGAGAUUCAUGAAGAUGGAAGAAUCAGAGCUCGAAUCAAUAUUGGAGAAGGUUAAAGAUGACACAUUGAAAUUGUCAUUGCAAUUCGGAAUGGGUUUGCAUCAUGCUGGUUUAGUCGAAUCAGAUCGUCAAAUUGCCCAUAAGUUGUUUGAAGCUGGCAAAAUUCAAAUAUUGAUUGCCACGUCUACUUUGGCUUGGGGUGUGAACUUACCGGCACACUUGGUAAUUAUCAAGGGAACCCAGUUCUUCGAUGCUAAGAUCGAAGAUUAUCGUGACAUGGAUUUGACAGACAUUCUUCAAAUGAUGGGAAGAGCUGGUCGUCCUGCCUUUGACACAAGUGGUAUUGCUCUCGUAUUUACGAAAGAGUCGAAGAAAGUUUUUUACAAACACUUUUUAAACAUCGGCUUUCCUGUGGAGUCGUCUUUACACAAAGUUUUGGAUAAUCAUAUCGGUGCCGAGAUCGCUAGUGGAACUAUUGCUAGUAGACAACAGGCAUUGGAUUUCUUGACGUGGACAUUUUUGUACAGAAGAGCCCAUAACAAUCCUACUUACUAUGGCAUUGAAGACUUGUCUCCGGUGGGUAUCUCGAAGUACCUUGGGGGAUUAAUCGAUCAAGCGAUAGAGAAUUUGCAAGAAUCAUCAUGCGUUAAAGUUACUGCAAAGGACGAGCUUGUACCAUCUCCCUUCUUGCAAGUUUCUUCUUUUUACUAUCUUUCGCACAUGACUAUUCGUACUGUUCUUGCAAACAUAACAAAAGAAUCUAGUUUCAGAGAGUGUUUGAAACUCUUGUGUUUAGCUACUGAGUACGAUGAGUUGGCGACGAGACACGGUGAAGAAUUGAUCAAUAUGGAGUUGUCUCAAGCCAUGAGAUUCCCUGCCGAAGAUCUAGACUGUGAAUUCAUCUGGGACCCUCACGUGAAGGCAUACUUAUUGAUUCAAGCGUUCAUGAGCAGAGUUGAACUUCCUAUUGCCGAUUACGCUCAAGACACGGUUUCUGUAUUGGAUCAGGCAUUACGUAUUUUGCAAGCAUACAUCGACGUGGCAGCAGAACUAGGAUACAUGCAAGUUGUUCUGACACUUAUUGAGUUAAUGCAGUGCAUCAAACAGAGAAUAUGGUAUGACGCUGAUCCAGUCAGCGCUUUACCAGGAGUGUAUGAAGCCGAUAAGAAGUCAAAGGCGACAAUUAAAGAAUUGGGAUCUUACAACACUGGUCGUUUGUAUAAGACUGCUGAAAAUUUAGGAGUUGUGGACGAUAGUACGAAAAAAGAGUUUGUGAGGAUUGCCUCACACUUGCCAGUGGGUGAAUUCAAAGUUUCUCAAAGCGAUGCAGACUUUCUUCAGAUUGAAUUAUCUCAUUCCAACUUUCCAUUGAAUAAGGAAUUCAAAAUGUAUGCGCCACACUUUCCAAAGCAGCAAAGGGAAUCAUGGUUUGUUAUCGUUUGUGAUAACAACAACGAAGAGUUGCUUCUUCUAAAGAGAGCCUCUCCAAAAUUACAUGGAAAGAAGGGCAAGGUUGCAUGUUCUCUUGAGAUAUUUGACGAAUUGAAAGGCAGAGACGUCGUUGUAAAACUCAUUAACGAUGCCAUGAGAAUAAGCUACGAAGAGUCCAUCAAGCUUAUGUAA